CCCCUUGAAUCAUUUUAUCCCUCUUUGUCUUAUUCUUUUCCCUUUCCCCUCGAGUGAUUACGAGAAGAAUACGAGUGUUCAUGGAAAUUGACCUGAACCAGGUAGUGAAUGAGGGGGAGAAGGGUGAAAGCCAUGGAGAUUAUGAUAAGGCUGGUGGUGUUGGCAUUUGUUCUCUGUCUCCUUCAUCAUCUACUUCUUGUUCUUCUACUUCCUCUGCUUCUUCUGUGACUUCUUCAGUUUAUUUGGAGCUAUGGCAUGCUUGUGCUGGCCCUCUUACCUCCCUGCCCAAGAAGGGAAGUGUGGUUGUCUACUUCCCUCAAGGUCACUUGGAACAGGCUUCUUCUUCUGCAUCUUUUCCAUGCUUAGAAAUACCCGCCUUUGGUCUCCAACCACAGAUAUUCUGCAGGGUUGUCAAUGUCCAACUCCUUGCCAACAAGGAGAAUGAUGAGGUUUAUACACAGGUGACAUUGUUUCCUCAACCAGGGUUGGUGGAGAGGAAUUUAAAGGACCAGAGCCAUGAAGAGGAGGUGGUUGUUGACGAUGGGAAUGGACAUAUGCUAUUCAAAUCAACCCCUCACAUGUUCUGUAAAACUUUAACAGCUUCUGAUACUAGCACCCAUGGGGGUUUCUCUGUCCCACGUAGAGCUGCAGAGGACUGCUUUCCACCUUUGGAUUAUAAACAAGAAAGGCCUUCCCAGGAGCUCAUUGCCAAGGACCUUCACGGAGUUGAAUGGAGAUUUCGACAUAUUUACAGAGGUCAGCCACGACGGCAUCUACUCACCACUGGAUGGAGUACGUUUGUAAGCCAAAAGAAUCUUGUUUCAGGGGAUGCCGUGCUCUUUUUGAGGAGUGAAAAUGGAGAACUGAGGUUGGGAAUACGAAGAGCUGGUCCUCGAAAUGGUUGUCCUAAUUCAAUUCCUGCCAACCAUAAUAUGCACCUCAAUUUUCUUUCCCCUGUUGCUAAUGCAAUAUCCACCAAGACUAUGUUUCACGUAUUCUACAGCCCAAGGGAAAGUCCUGCAGAGUUUGUCAUUCCGUACCAAAAAUAUAUGAAAAGCAUCGUUGAUCCAGUGUCUAUUGGAACAAGGUUUAAAAUGAGAUUCGAGAUGGAAGAUACAGUGGAGAGAAGAUGCAGUGGUGUAGUGACCGGUGUAGGUGAGGUUGAUCCCUAUAGAUGGCCUGAUUCAAAAUGGAGAUGUUUGAUGGUCAGAUGGGAUGAAAAUAUUGCUAGAGGACAUCAAGAAAGAGUUUCUCCAUGGGAGAUUGAGCCCUCCAUAUCUGUAUCAGCCAUGAGUGUUCCAUCUGCCCCAAGAUUGAAGAAAUCGCGGACCAGUCUGCAGUCAACCUCACCUAACAUCCCAAUAACUGCAGGCGGGACUGGCUUCUUGAAUGAUGAAUCUGUAAGAUCCUCUAAGGUCUUGCAAGGUCAAGAAAAAGUUGGUUUCAUAUCACCAGUGUAUAGUGGUGAAAAGGUCAACCAUCCAUUGGACUUUGAGAUGAAUAAUCCAGCAAGCCAAAUGUCAACCCGGUUAAAACAGACCAUUGAUAGUGAUUUUGUGAGAACACAAUCUGCCACUUACACAAGCUGUGAGGAGUCCAACAGAUUCCAGAAGGUCUUGCAAGGUCAAGAAAUAUGCCCACAGCCAUCCCUGCAUGGAAGAGCUGAGGUCAACCCUAGUGCUUGGGAAAAGAUUGAUGAUGGUUGCAACAUGUUCAAUAUGUAUCAAGGGGCCAACCCAAUGAUCUACUCAUUUUCUUCAGAUGCCCAAGGCAUGUAUAUGCCAUCUGAUGACAUGUAUAGAUCGAGCCAUUAUCCUGUGAUGCAACAAUAUAUGGCUAGUUUCCAGAGAGGGACUUCCCAUAUCAACUUGCCUUCUGUCCAAAGAAGGUUCCCUGGGUGUGCAAGGGAUGAACAAGGCAAUCCAAGUUCACACAAUCCAUUGAAAGAGCAUAAGCCACCUGACAGUUUAUCUGCUCAGGAAACUAAUGACACAGAUUCCAAAAACCAGAAGUCUGAUACUUGCGAUGAGACAAACACUGACUGUAAAUUGUUUGGGUUUUCCUUGGCUGGAGAAAAUCUUAUUCCCAACCCGCAGAGCUCCAGUAGGAGGAGCUGUACAAAGGUUCACAAGCAAGGAAACAUAGUUGGAAAGGCUAUUGAUAUGUCAAGACUGAAAAGCUAUGAUGAGCUGCUGAGAGAAUUGGAGCAGCUAUUUGGCAUGGAGGGCCUUCUACACGAUCCUAAGAAAGGCUGGCAAGUUCUUUAUACAGACAGUGAAAAUGAUAUGAUGGUUGUUGGAGAUGAUCCUUGGCACGACUUUUGUAAUAUUGUAUCAAAGAUCCAUAUAUAUACACAAGAGGAAGUAGAGAAGAUGGUGAUUGGCAUGGUCAGCGAUGACACUCAAAGUUGUUUGGAAGAAGCUCCUGCAAUAAUGGGUGUUUCAAAUUCUUCUUCUUCUGUGGGACAGCCAAAUUCCCCACCAGUCAUUAGGACAUGAAAAGUUGUAUAUUGGGAAUCAUGUAUGGUACAAUGUUAUUUAUACCUACAC